AUGUUACACUACUGCACAUUAUCCUGUCUUCCAGCAUCUCCUACAGGACUGCCAGCAACCCAAUCUACUCAUCCACCUUCUACCCCAUCAUCAGCAUCACCAUCCCCAUCUACCACAACAUCAUCAUCUAACCCUCCAACCACCACCACACAAUCUACAACCACCACACAGUCAUCAACCACCACCCAAUCUACAACCACCACACAGUCAUCAACCACCACCCAAUCUACAUCCACCCCUCCAUCACCAUCCACCCCAAAACCAACGACUAAAACAACACCAACCACCACUCCUCCACCAACCACCACAACAUCCACCCCAAAACCAACGACGACAACAACAGCCACUACCACAACCACCCCUCCAACAACCACCCCAAAACCAACGACUACAACAACACCAACCACCACUCCUCCAACAACCACCCCAAAACCAACGACUACAACAACAGUCACUACCACAACCACCCCUCCAACAACCACCCCAAAACCAACGACUACAACAACACCAACCACCACUUCUCCAACAACCACCCCAAAACCAACGACUACGACAACAGCCACUACCACAACCACCACGGUAAACCCAGAUGGGGAGUUCUGUGCCGGUAAAGCGGACGGGCUCUAUGCCAACCCUGAGGACAGUUCAACCUUCUAUCAGUGCGCCCACGGCCAAACCUUCCUGACGAGCUGCGCCCCAAACCUGGUGUUCAGGGAGUCAUGCAAGUGUUGUGACUGGAAACCGCCCACGGAGUUCUGUGCGGGUAAAGCCGAUGGAAUCUAUGCAAACCCAGAAGAUGAGUCCUCCUACUACCAAUGCGUUCACGGCAGGACAUACCAGCAGAGCUGUCAGGGAAACCUGGUGUUCAGGGAGUCAUGCAAGUGCUGCGACCGGAAACCACUCACAGAGUUCUGUGCAGGUAAAUCUGACGGCCUUUAUGCCAACCUGGAAGACCGGUCCACAUACUACCAGUGUGCUCAUGGAAGGACCUACCUGCAGAACUGUGCUCCUACCCUGGUGUUCAGAGAAUCGUGCAAAUGCUGCGACUGGCCGUGAACUGUCAGUCUGGUGAACCAGUCUCCAGUAUAAAUUUCAAAUACAGUAGAGAGAGAGACUGUCUGUCCCUUGGGGUUAUGCAUUCAGGAGCAUCACAUACUGUACAUCACCCGCCAAGCAUUAGUUUUUUAGUAAAAUCAGACGUAGUUCAUUCAGCUUGUUAAGUGCUAACAACUCGCCCGGGGAGUGUAAAUCACAGGGUUACAGGUUCAAUUCACAGCCUUACCAAUCCCUCCCUCCUUCUGUGGCGGAGUUCCCCUUGUGCAAGGCACCUAACCCCACACUCCUCCAGGAAUACAGGAACUAAUAGCCUACCCUGUAAUAUUUGUACGUUGCUUUGGAUAAAAGAGUUGGCUAAGUGUAAUGUAAUGUAAUACCAAAAAAAAAAAAAUAAUAGACUGCUUAAGUUUAAACUGAUUGGAUCUGCCUUUACCCAACUACUACCAUGUAACAUUGCAUUAGACUGCCCUUGGCUGACACUUUCAUCGAAAGCAAGUUACACUUAUUAAAGGGUAUUGACUACUAUUCCUGGAGUAAUGUGGGGUCAGGUGCUUUGCUCAAUGGCAAUACAGCCAUUAUAGUGAAAAGAAAUCCCGCACA